CUGUACUCCUUCAGGAAUCGACUCUGAGCACGCUGCUGGAGAGGCGGACUCAGCACAAMACAAAAACGGCGCGGACCCCUUCCUUCACCCUGACAGCGAAGGUUUCACAAUCGUUCCCUCAUCUCCUGCUGCCUGAGCAGCAGCACACACAGUGGCGUAAAGGCAGCCUGUUCUUCCCCGCUGGAGUGAAAAGGCAGGUAGAAGAGCGUCGGGGGUCAGAGCCGCUCCCCGGCACUCAGGAUCUCGGCGCUGCUGGUGAGUUGGGGGAGCAUAUUUUACAUCCUCAGCACAUGGAAAGCCAUGGACACCACCUCCAUCUGUCCAGCUGCCAUGAAUGUUUGGAGCUGGAGAACAGCACCAUCCUGUCAGUAAAAAAUGCCUCGGCGGAGAACAUUCCAGACCUCCCUGAUGAUAACUCUGUUGGACAGGACAGUGUCGAUGGAUGUGUAGAUGAACUGGAGUAUGAUGCUAAAGAUUUCUGUAGCACCGGUUUUGACUGUACGCGCAAACUGCCAAAUGUUCUGGUGUACACAGGUGGCUGCCAGCAGCGUUUUCAGGCAGUUCACCAGCUCUUAUCAGAGUGUAUAAACAGUGAAACCAACAUCAUCUACCACCUCCUGCCACAGCAGGCACUAAGUGAUCCUUGGCUGGACAACACCAGGCUCCUGGUCGUGGCAGAAGAGGGCUGUCUGACUCCUGAGCUGCAGACACGUUUUCUCACCUACCUGAGUGAAGGGGGAAAGGUUCUGGGACUGGGCUCCACCUUGUGCCCGGCUGGUCUCCGUCUGGAAGUCCAGGAAAGAGAGCGGCUGCAGGUCAGAAGGCUGGUUUUUACCUGUAAGGACAGCACAGAGCUGAGGUUGAACAUCGUGGCAUGUGGAAAAGUCUACAUCAGGGACCCUCGAGGAGGAGGAGAAGUGGAGCUGUGGGGGGAGCUGCAAAGUGACCUCCCUCAGCAGAGGGACAUGGUUAUUGUCAGGGUGACCCACGGCGCUGACGGAGGAGAAGCUGUCCUCUGUCAGGUCCAUUUUGACAUUGGAUCAGGCUCCAGAAAUCUGGAAUCAGAAGACUUUGAUGAGCUGAAGGUCAGCAGUACACUGCAAUAUGAAAUCCUGACAGGGAUCCUCACAUCACUGGGUCUCAGCUGUGAACCAAACCAGACUCCAGUUCUGAGCCCAGUUCAUUUGUUGGCCACGUCUUUGGAGGCCAGGAAUAGCUUCUUGAAGUGGCUUCAAACACGUGCAGAUUGUGAAAACACUCUUAGAUUCUCCAAGACCUCCUUCAAAAUGAUGUCAUGUUCUGAACUCCGUGAUAGUCCUCUACCUAGGGGCUGCCUGGCCUUGGUCACGGAGUCCGAGGACUUGGCCCAUUUCGAUAUUGAGACUUAUUCCAAAAGUUUGCAGACCAGCCAUCUUGGGCACACUCUUCUGUAUGCUGAGAUCGUCACUUCUACUAUGGACCUGUUAGAAGGGCUAACUGUGAACUUGCCAGACAAUGUGGGUUUAAUAGCAGUAGCAUCUAGCCAGACCGAGGGAAGAGGUCGGGGCAGAAAUGGCUGGCUCAGCCCACCAGGUUGUGCCAUGUUCACUGUUAGUGUCCAAAUCAAGCUGAGCUCCAGACUUGGACAAAGAAUACCUUUCCUGCAGCAUCUGGCUGCUUUAGCCAUUGUGGAAGCUGUACGCACACUUCCUGGAUACCAGGACAUUAAUCUGAGGGUGAAGUGGCCCAAUGAUAUCUACUACAGCAACCUAACAAAGCUCGGUGGUGUUCUGGUCACAUCAACUGUCAUGAGGCAAACUUUUCAUCUGCUCAUCGGUUGUGGUAUUAAUGUGACAAACAGCAACCCAACAUUGUGCAUCAAUGACCUGAUCCAGGAGUACAACACACAGAAUAAUUGCAGUCUGGAACCACUCAGCUGCCCGCAGCUCAUUGCCCGGAGUCUGAACUGCUUGGAAAAUCUCAUUAGCCGUUUUCAACAAGGAGGCCCAGAUGCUGUCUUGCCCACCUACUAUAAGAGAUGGCUUCACACUGRGACUCAGGUGCAACUCUGGAGUGAAGAAGGACCAGAAGCUCAGGUGGUGGGUCUGGACGACAACGGCUUCUUGCAGGUGUACAGUAAAGAGCAGGGGCUGAUCUCAGUGGAGCCUGAUGGAAACUCGUUUGAUAUGUUGAAGAACCUGAUUGUCAUGAAGCAGCGUUAGAACCAAACCCAGCCAAGACUCAUUUAUCUGCAGGCAGGCCUUUUGGAAUCACUUUAACACAUUUCUUGUUCGCAGCAGUUCAGUCUGCAGAAGAUUGAGUGUAAUUCAAAUGAUUUAUUUGUUAUAACUGGAAUUUUGUAACCAUUACUUUGCAUAUUUUAAAACAUGGUCAAAUAAAGUGCAGGUGAAGGCAGCAGUUAGAUGAAACAGUUGGAGGAUUUCUACAUUUCCCUGCAGUAAAGUAGAAGAGUAACUGGAAAUAAAACGUAUUUUAGAAUUAUUUUGAAUAAUUAAGUCAAUUUGAGUCCCUAAAACAGAUGUUUCUGCAGAUUGAAGAGAUGUAAUUGUUAAUCCUUCACUCUGUUUGGGUGUUAAUGACCCCAUGUUAAAACUUAGGGUCAGUUUUUGUGUUUUAAAGUGACUAUUUUUUGACUCAAAAGUUAUUGACAAAGUUUGUGUCAUUUUUUUUAUGAUUUAAUGAGAACCAGUUGCACAAAGAAUUAGUUGCUGUUCUAACAUUCCUGUGGAGACAUUUUGUCUUUUGAGCGAUUUAAAUAAAUUACAGCUAGAUUGCAGCCAAACCUUGUUUGUUCAAAGAAAUGUUCUCAAACAAGGACAACUUGGCUUGCAUAUUUUACUGAAAGAGAUUAAAUGUUUUAAAUGUUAGAGCAGCUACAUGUAUGUCUGCUACAUGUUUAAGAUUUAACUUUUAUCUGGUUCUUUUCAGUCACCCUGCCUGAUAUAACUUUAAUCUGAUUUCAGUGAGAGAAGAACCAUUGUGUGUGUUCUGCUGUAACUUCCAGAAAAAUAAACUAUUUCCAAAGAA